AUGGCCAGCGAGGAGUUGCAAGCGUGCGAACAUCUCCGCCAGGAGUUACUCCAACGUGGAAGACCCCCGGCAUCAUAUUCGCCUUUAUAUGUUGCCUCCUGCGUCAAUCUGAUGGAUGUCUCAAGCCCGGAUAGAGUCGAGCAGUCCAUCGACGCUUGCAUGGACAACUUGACCAGAUACUUUGACUCUAUCAGCCUUCAAAGACAACUCGACGACCCAGGAUUAAGCAGCUUCUUGGCUAAAAUCACUCGUGAAUCACCCUUCUGGCGACCAAGAUUUGGCAGGUCCCACGGCUCUCAGGCAUCCGAACAACAUAUUGCAGAGUCAAUACCGCCAGACUGUAUCUUGGAAGUGGCCAGACGGAUCAUCGCCAGAGCAUGGGAUGAGUCGAAACGAGAAGAAGUACGAUCUGCGCUCCGCCUGGUCGCAAACUGCUGCGCAGACAACAAUGCAAAUCGGGACGUCAUUGUCAAACGAAAUGGGAUCCAAGCCAUGAUGACGCUGGCAUACCACAACCGAGAAUGCGACCUCCUCAUACCAACAAUGUUCAAUGUGUGCUACCAGUACAAUUCGCCAGCCAUUGCUGAGGACGGCACGCCACUUCCCCCCCUCCACGAGACCGGCGAGGAUAAACGCGCUGGCGCCGAAGAACCGACGGUCAAUCUCGCUGAACAGAAGCUCGCCGUGCCGGUCCAACCGGGACAGAGCACGAGCUCUAUCGAGAUUCUUCUCGACAUGCUCCCAUCCGCAGAACAUUGCAUCGGCCUCCUAGCGGACCUCGUAGAAAUGGCAAGCCACAUGGCCCUGUACGGCCUCCAUCACAUCAUCCCUUCUCCCGCCGCAACCCUCACAGAUGGUUCAGAAGACCUCAAAUCACAAGACCUCAAGGACCGGUGUUCGAGACUUCUAGACUGUCUACUCACAAAAGGCACGCAGGUCAUCAAGAACGAUCGGGACGCCCAAGUCUCAAUCUGCCAGGCGACUCUCAACAUCCUCUCGUCGCCAGAAAGCCACGAGGCCAUCAUCGCGGCCGACGCAGGUCUCUGGAACUUCAUCCACCUCCCCUACGUCAUCUGCGAAGACGAACUGGACGCCGACCACGAAGCCGUCGGUGCCAAAGAGACCCUCGCACCGUUCAGAAAGGCUUUCCUCAAACUUGUCUACCAGAUCUCGUCGCUCGACUCGUAUGCGGAGCACUCCGAGCCCGAUUCCGCUCUGAUCCGCGAUUGCAUCCAGGCUCUCACUGCGCGGUUUCAGACCGAUUCCAGGACUGACUCUGGUGUUCGUACGGGGAUGGACGAUGAGGGCGGCAGCCUAUGCUGUGCCAGCAUGUGCGUCCUCAUCGCCAACAGCAUCAUCUCGACCGGCCGAGCGGCACGUCUACUCGAGUCGACCGGUAUCGCGACCGCUGUUUCCACCAUACUGCGCGGCACUUCGGACAAGGAGCUCGUCCUGCCUGCUGUCGACAUCGCAACGCGGCUGUCGCUGACCCCCGAGGGCCAAGAGGCGCUGUGCGAGCAAGAGCUCCUGGCCUCCGUCGUUCGACGUCUCUUGGACCCAAACACCGCCGCCACCGACGCGCUUGGAAUCGAGAUCCAGCGCCAGUCAGUCGCUCUCGCUCGGCUUUUGAUCAAGGACCGCAUGGCGAGUUUGUCCAGCCUCGAUCCUGAAACCGAAACUGAAGGAGAUGGCAGCAUCACGACGGAUUUGUUGUCACUGUACCAGAACACCAAGGACGUUCGAACGAGGACCGAAAUAGGUCGAUUCUACAUUGAGAUUUUGCGCACGUAUUUCAAAACCAACCAAACGUCAUCCUCGUCCUCGCAAUUCACCGAGAGCAGACUGCUCCAUCUCAUCUCAUGCCCGCUGCAGCGACCCGACAUAACCGUCACUGUCGCCGACACCAUCGCGUUCAUCAUCACGCAGCCACAGCCGCAAGGUACCGCGGCACCACCAACACCAUCCAAUUCGAUGCUUCGAACCGAGGCAGAGGCCUGGUUCGGCCUGGGUCUUUUGUCCACCAUACCAAACACUAGAUCUGAAAUUCUGACUACUUUGGGUGGCAACGGUCGAGAAUUGCUAAAAAGGCUAGAAGGAAUCGCGCGGCAACAGGACUCAGUAGCCCACACGGAAAUCUCGGACGUCGUACCACGUUCCGCCACAGCUCCAGACAUUGAUGAUCCUCGGUACAAAAACAUCAGAGUACUGGUCGUCAAUUUGCUCCGACAAGACCCCAACAGCGACGGAGACGAUAAACAAAAAGAAGUGAAUGAGAGGAUCAGAGAAGCAGCAGUCAUAAUGGAUCUUGACAAUGUGCUGUCUUGA